GAAUGCCUGGCCACGCCCCUGUCAUGCCCCACCCAGCCCCAUUGGCGCUAUGCCACAGUUUGAAUCCCACCACCCUGGGAACCUGUUACUAAAAUUUUUGGAUCCCACCACUGCCUGAGAGGUUGGGGCGGUUUCCUUCUUCAGACUAACCAUCUUUUCCCUGCCAGCAGGGCAGGCUCGCUUGUGGACUCCAGGGCACGGAAGCGCAGGCUGGCUGCCGUGUAGCCGACUCCCCUCCUCGGAAAUAACGGUCCCCUGUCUUGUUUCUUCUUAGAUGGUGGCCUUUCCAGCCCUCCCUUCCUGCCCUGGGAUAAGAUGCAUUUCAGGGGUGAGGGAGACUCUGCCGAGAGACUGACCCUUGAGGAGCCGAACGCAGCUUUCCCAGUGGACAAGGAACCUACGACCAAAACAGAGCCAGAGAAAGAGCCAGGAAGCUUUGAGCCGUGGAUGCUAAUAGGAAUGUCUGGAGAAAACAACUUCCGGGGCUCGGCUGCUGCCGGUGAGACUUCCCUUGGCUCCAAGGGGCGGCCAGGGAGCCCUACGGGAGAGCUGAGAGGUUUCAGUCCCAGCACGGAGGAGCAGCGGCAGAAGCCGGCAGAGGUGAGGCUCUAUGCGUGUCCUGACUGCGGGAAGCACUUCCGGUUCCAAAUCGGGCUCCUGAACCACCAGAGGAGCCACGUCAGCCACCCAGCCCAACGACACUGCUUGCCUUUGGCCCAGGGGAACAAGAGCCCCCCUGCGCACGGGCCCCGUUCCCCGCAAGGGCAGGGGAAGGUCCCUCACGGCCCAGGGGAGGAGAAGGGCUGGGCUUGCCCAUGGUGCCAGCAGCGCUUCCGGUUGCAGGUCAACCUGCUGAUCCACCAGAGCAGCCACCGCAGGCCUGCGGCAGAGCUGGGCAGCCAGGAGCGGCUGGCCUGCGGGUUUUGCCCCCGGCGCUUUGGCCGCUCCGACCACUUGCUGCGCCACCAGAUGAGCCACACGGGCGACCGGCCCCACAAGUGCCCGGCUUGCGACAAGAGCUUCGUGGACAAGAGCAAGCUGACGGACCACUACCGGACCCACACGGGCGAGCGCCCCUUCCGCUGUGCCGCCUGCGGCAAGAGCUUCAUGCGCCGGCACCACCUGCUCAAGCACCAGCGGACCCACACCCGGGAGAGGCCGCACCAGUGCCCCGGCUGCCUGAAGGGCUUCAUGCAGAAACACCACCUCCAGAAACACAUGCGGACGCAGCCCGGAGGGAAGCCCUACCGGUGCAGCUGGUGCCCCAAGGCCUUCUCCUGCAGGCAGCUCCUCCAGCAGCACAGCUGCGCCUCCGCCCCCGGGGAGCCGGGGCCCGCAGCUCCGCCCACGGGGGGCCAGGACCAGCGCUGGGGGACCGGUUCCGCCUGUUGAGGGGCAGGCGCUCCUCCUCUCCCCUCUGAGCAGGCUGAUCUACCUCAUCACACAGCUGGUCUCCUGCCUCUAGACCCGGCCUGUUCAAAGCGACCCACAAAGGAGAGCUUGGCUCCUGGGGCCCCCUGAGCAUCCCACUCGGGGGAGAACUCCACGCUUCACUCGCUGAGGAGCUGAAAUUCUGCCGCAGAGCGCCUUGCCGGGCUGGGCUCUGACAGAGCCAGGCAGGACGUCUCGUAACGGGACCAGCUCCUCUGCUGGUGGGUUUGUAUCAGCCAGUGGGAUGGACUCUGCUGGUGGUUAACCGUAGAUCGGUUAACAGUGGCUGUCAACCACAACCCUUCCUUUUAAUCCUGCAAUAGGAAAGGUCUUUUAAAUGGUGCUUCUGGGGUGCAUUGAAUAAAAAUGUUGUAAAGAUUCAGAAGGUGGGGCAGUUACCACUUACUGUAGUGUUUCAUUUUUCAAUGUUCCUGAGGAGACUGUGGCAUUAAAACUGUACUAUCCCGCAA